AGCACUGCUGUUGAACACACAAUAUUCAGUCAAAAACAAUAAAAAGGCCAAUUUCUUUUCCAAAAACAACCAUAAAGGCACAACAUAAUAUUUGUUCAACUCUAAAUUACACAUACAGACCAAUACAUCCGAAAUUGUUACAACAGCAGCAGACUUUUGUUAAAUUAUUUAUUUAAAAAAAGAAAAGUUAUAUAUCAUCCAACGUUAUUUUAUCUUCAAUUCGUUCGCUACAAUUGUUAUAAAGAAAAUUCUCCAGCACUUCACUGAAAAAGCUCACUUCUCACCUUUUUUUUAUUGAGAACAUUUUUUAAUUUCGCCAGAAAAGUUGUUACAAAAUAGUGUUAAAUAAAAAAAAAACUUAUCAUACUGGCCGAAAGUGAAUAGCCAAUCAUAGCUCCCUUUAAAUGUGAGAACUAAGAACGGAAUGAACUUUUGAAGCCAAGGGAAAAGUGCCGUAUUUCCGUUGUCCCGUGGCAGGCCAGCAGCAGAACAAUCCCACAAGGAAAUCUGUUUGUCGGUCAUAUUCUCACCCGAAGAAAGAAGAAAUGAUAAUUGUGAUAUUUAAUAUAAAAGAAAACAAAUUAAUUUUGUAAAAUACUUCAAAACACAGCAGAAAGAACUUUUUCUUCAUUUUUAUACUUUAAAUUGCAUACAAAUGAAAAUGGAGGUGUUAUCCGUACAAAAUCAAUAUCCUGUUCAUUUUGCUCUAGCUACAGAUUGGAAGAGUCAACUCACCCUGUCCACACCAACACAAGGAGGUUCAUUGAAAUCUCAACCCCCCUUCAAGUUCGCAACAUCCUUUAAGCCUCACCAUCAUAUUAACCAUAUACAUCAUCAGCAUGGCAAUAAUAACAGCAACAGUAGCAUUAACUAUAACAAUACUGGUAACAAUAAAAUCCAGCAGAAGCGGCAUAAAACGAACACCUCCAACUCCUCAAACAAAUUGAACUGUGAUACUACUACCACCACCACCAACACCACAACUACCACUACCACUUCAGCUACAGCUGUUCAGGAGUUAUCGCUGCGCCUAUUAGAAGAGUUGCGUGCUGCUAAAUCCCGUCAUUUGACCUGUACCGAAGUAUCGCUUCCCUGUGAUCUCACAGCACGCAUAGCGCUGGAUAUAUUACGUUUAGCCCGUGAAGAGGCCCAUGGUCUACGCGAGUGCACAAUCUAUAUUGAAUUCGAAGAUGAGCCUAAUAAUUCACGGCGAAUUGCCACCCUCGAUCUCAAUCAGCAACACUUCGCUGGCGACCAGGCCUAUGAGAUCUAUGUAACAUUGCGUCAAGAUUAUCGAGGCUGGACAUCAUUGCUGCCACAAUUUAUGAAGAAUUUAUCGCGCACCAUAACAAUAAGUCCAGAGUUUAGUAUAACCAAACAUAAGCCAUACUCCAAGAGUUUGUGUUAAACACCUUCAACAAAAAACCCACAGUGAUAAUCAAAUAUAAUGUAUGGUUCGCACGUAAAGAAAAUAUUGGGAAAGACAUUUUUUUCUUGGAUAAAUGUAACAAACGUUAAUGUUUAAAAACAAACAUUAUUCUUUCUUUUUUUUUAAUGUGAAUGACCCAUAGCACUGAAUAUAUUAUUAGCAGAUAUAUGGUAGGAAACAACAAAUUUUAUUUAAUAAUUUUUGAAAACCACCAAACUCGAAACACAACACUCUCAUAUAAAAACCAAAAAUCAAUCACGGACUCAAACCUACACACAUCUAUCCAAGACCAAACUCCUUUUCUUAUAUAUUAAUAGAUACGUAUAUAUGAAAAAUAUUUAUAUAAAAAAAAGAAAAAAAAAACUCAAAAAUACCACCACCCACCUUUUUAGAUUUCUAUUUUUUUAAGAAAAAAAACAAAUCGAAUCAAACAACUAACACACUUGACUUGACUUGAAUGCAAUGCAACGCAUACAAACCAAUCAAUCAUACAAACAACUUUUGUUUCUUCCUAUUUACUUUCCCAGUUUCCUGUCUGGGAAAGGUAAAGGUUUUCAAAAUAAAAAAAAACAUUGAAGAAAAGUUUAUGAACGAUUACCUAGCACCAAGGGAAUAAAAACUUACAACAACAACAAACACAAAUUCUAACAUUUGUUCAAAUUAGGAUUUAAUAAGUUAUUUAUUUUUAUUGGUUUCGUUUUAAUUUUUUUCUUUCCAAACCUUCAAAAACAAACUUGUUUUCUUUUUUGAACAAACUUAUUUCCAAAAAUUAUAUUGUAUAAUUGUUCAUAAAGAGUUUUACAAAAAGUGGCAGCACUUAUACACAAUACAAAGAGAAGACCCUCACCCACCACCCAAAUCGACCCACCACCCUCAGUAGCCCCUAAAUAAACAUCUGAAAAGGAAACGAAAUGAAGUAUUUGCCAAGAUCUCCAACUCAUUAAAAUGUGAUACUGAUUAAGUUGCAUAGGUUAAGAUUUUAGCAAUAAAAUGUUAUUAAAACAAAAGAAAUAAUUUACUAACAAAUGAUACUACAACUAGCCAUGGCCACCAUGGCUGAGGAGUUGUAAGAACAUCAUCCCUUGAUUAAUAAUAAUAACAAAAAUAAUAAUAAAUAGUAACAAUAAUUACAAGCUGAUGAUGAAGAAUAAAACGUGUAACAAAGAAUGCGAAAAUCGAAAUUCAAAAUUCAAUUAUUUCUAGUACUUUUAGGCUUAACUACAUAAAUGUUAUAAAACAAACGACAAAAAUCUGAAAACCACUCAAGUCAGCAUUACUGGCUUCAUGUUAGGUCCUUAAUCAAUUAAUUUCAAAACAGAAACAAAAUUGUGAACUUGAUAACCAAUUAACUGCGAUAUGUGAAAACUUCUUGAUAUCAAAUUUCAAAUUUAAAGAUACAAAGAAAACAAAAAUUGAAAAUUUUUAAAAAAUGAACCCUCCUCGUUAAAACAUUUCACCAAAUGAUUACAUUUGACAAAACAAACAAAAAAGAAUGCAAACAAAAACAAAACUACAAAUAUACAAAAAAUUUAUCUUAGAUUAUAAGAUACUACAAAAAAUACACAAUAUUGGUAAAAAAAAACGUAUUUAACUUUAGCUCCGAAAAUGUAAUAAAACUCAAGCCAUUACCAUGUCUAUAUAUCGACAUAAGCACAGAAAAAACACAAAAAAAUAUUUAUCUAUCUAUGUGUUAUCUAUCAUCCAAGCAAAAAAAAACAUGAAAUAUUAUUAACAAUUCAAGCAACCAAACAAUCAAACAGACAGUUAAAAAAAACUCAUGCAUACAUACGUACAUAGCAAGCAACGACAGCAAAUGCUACCGUCUUCAUUAAUUAAAAACAAACAAUCAAGUAAACAACCCUUGGAAGUAAUAUCAAAUGAUUUCUUCUCUUUUUAAAAGUCCAAAACGAACAAACCAAAAUUUCACCCACCAACAAAAGCAAAAACAAUAAUAAUUAAUUAAUCAAAUAAUUACAAGCACCCUUAAUUAAGGCAUAUUGUUGGUUGUUGCUAUCACACACACGCCCAAGUGUGUAUAUGUAUGUUUAUGUUAAUUUCCUUCUUCAAGUUUUGAAAUGAACAAGAUUACGAUGAUGAUGUUGAUAAUGAUAUUGAAGAUGUUGUUAUUUUCCAUCUACACAUGAAUGUACCUUACCACCACGGUCGUCAUCAUCGCCAUCGCCUUCAUUAUUAUGUAUUACUCUUACUAUUCUUAUUGUGUAUGUAUGCACGUGUGUUUUUUAUAAUGAUAUAUAAUGGUAAUUAUAUUAUUAUUAAAUAUCAUUAUCUUUAUUAUUAUGAUUAAUUAUUAUUACCUAUUCUUAUUUUUUACAAUUAACAAAUUAGGGUUUUUCCAAUUUUGAACUGUGACAUUAGAUUUCAAAUAACAAAUAAAAAAAAACAAAAAAAAACGAAUAUUUGAUUAAAAGAUUUUAGGAUAACAAAAUUGAAACAAAUUGUAUGCAUUUUUUUAUGAAUUGCUAUUAUUUAUAUUUUAGACUACAAAAACGAAAAAAAAACAAACAAAAAACUAAUUUGCAAAUAAACAUUUUGUAUAUCUUCUGGCAAUGCUUGCGGUGGUGCUAUGGUGGGCUUUGCCAUACCAUCCAAUGUUGCCGAAGAAGUGAAAAGUAUUAAAAAAUAAA